UGGCCGCGGCGGCCCGGGCUGUCGCGGGCCGGGGCAGUUGGGGCUGGUGGCUGCGGCUGCGGCCAUGGAAUGGAGUUCCGAGUCGGCGGCCGUGAGGCGGCACCGCGGCGCCGCGGAGCGUCGGGAGGGAGAGGCGGCCGAGCCGCACCGGGAGCGAGAGGCCUCAGCUCCGGAGGACGCGAGCGGCGGCGGGAGGACGCGGAAGAGGAGCACGGAGAGCGGAGGCGCGAGCCGGGGCGCGGGGACCGCGCUGUGCGAGGCGCGCACGGUGCUGGCGCUCGCGCUCUACCUGCUCGCACUGCGGGCGCUCGUGCAGCUCUCGCUGCAGCGGCUGGUGCUCAGCCGGCCCGCCGGGCUCCAGGGCGAGUUCGACGCGCGCCAAGCCAGGGAUUAUCUGGAACACAUAACAGCCAUUGGCCCCAGGACUACAGGAAGUGCAGAAAAUGAAAUUCUGACAGUCCAGUACCUUUUGAAGCAGAUCAGACUGAUUGAAGCGCAAAGCCAGAGCCUACACAGAAUCUCCGUGGACAUACAGAGGCCUACAGGCUCCUUUAGCAUUGACUUCUUGGGCGGCUUUACAAGCUACUACGACAACAUCACUAAUAUUGUGGUGAAGCUGGAGCCCCGGGGUGGAGCCCAGCACGCUGUACUGGCUAACUGUCACUUUGACUCGGUGGCAAAUUCACCAGGUGCCAGCGAUGAUGCUGUUAGCUGUGCAGUGAUGCUCGAGGUUCUCCGAGGCAUGUCCGUGUCGUCAGAACCCUUGCAGCAUGCUGUGGUGUUUCUCUUCAAUGGUGCUGAGGAAAAUGUCUUGCAAGCUAGUCAUGGUUUUAUUACUCAGCAUCCCUGGGCCAGUUUGAUCCGUGCAUUUAUUAACCUGGAGGCAGCAGGUGUAGGAGGGAAAGAACUUGUGUUCCAAACAGGCCCUGAAAAUCCUUGGUUGGUCCAGGCUUAUGUUUCAGCAGCCAAACACCCCUUUGCUUCUGUGGUGGCUCAGGAGGUUUUUCAGAGUGGAAUCAUCCCUUCUGAUACUGACUUCCGAAUCUACAGGGAUUUUGGAAACAUUCCAGGAAUAGACUUAGCUUUUAUUGAAAAUGGAUACAUAUAUCACACCAAGUAUGACACAGCGGACAGAAUCCUCAUAGAUUCCAUUCAGAGAGCAGGUGACAACAUUUUAGCAGUUCUUAAAUACCUAGCUACAUCUGACAUGCUGGCUUCUUCGUCUGAGUAUCGACAUGGGAACAUGGUCUUUUUUGAUGUGUUUGGCCUCCUUGUCAUUGCAUAUCCUUCUCGUGUUGGCUCAAUAAUAAACUACAUGGUGGUCAUGGCUGUCGUUGUGUACUUGGGGAAAAAACUGCUGCAGCCCAAACACAGGAACGCUGACUACCCAAGAGACUUCUUAUGUGGACUUGCCAUCACGUUCAUUGGCUGGUUCACUAGCCUCGUCACCGUUCUCAUUAUUGCAGCGUUCAUCUCUCUCAUUGGACAGUCUCUCUCAUGGUAUAACCACUUUUAUAUUGCUGUUUGCCUGUAUGGAACUGCGACAGUGGCCAAAAUAAUAUUCAUACAUACCCUUGCAAAAAGAUUUUAUUAUGUGAAUGUCAGCAACCAGUACCUGGGAGAAGUGUUUUUUGACACCUCAUUGUUUGUACACUGUGCUUUCCUUGUUGCUCUCACUUACCAAGGAUUUUGCUCUGCAUUCAUGAGUGCUAUCUGGGUAGCAUUUCCGCUGCUCACAAAGCUCUGCGUGUACAAGGACUUCAAGAAGCAUGGUGCCCAAGGAAGAUUUCUUGCUCUUUACCUUUUGGGGCUGUUUAUCCCCUAUAUUUAUGGACUGUAUCUCAUCUGGGCUGUAUUUGAGAUGUUCACUCCUAUCCUUGGAAGAAGCGGUUCGGAAAUCCCUCCUGAUGUUGUGCUAGCCUCCAUUUUGGCUGUCUGUGUGAUGAUUCUUUCCUCAUAUUUUAUUAAGUUCAUUUACCUUGUGAAAAGCACAAAGACAACUAUGCUGACUCUAACUCUGGUGUGUGCCAUCUCGUUCCUCCUCGUCUGCAGUGGAGCCUUUUUUCCGUACAGCUCCAGUCCUGCGAAUCCAAAGCCGAAGAGAGUGUUCCUUCAGCACAUGAGUAGAACUUUUCAUAACUUGGAAGGAAACGUAGUAAAAAGAGACUCUGGAAUAUGGAUCAAUGGGUUUGACUAUACUGGAAUGUCUCACAUAACACCUCACAUCCCUGAGAUCAAUGAUACAAUCCGAGCUCACUGUGAGGAGGAUGCCCCACUUUGUGGCUUCCCUUGGUAUCUUCCAGUGCACUUUCUGGUCAGGAAAAAUUGGUAUCUUCCGGCUCCAGAAAUUUCUCCAAGAAAUCCUGUUCAUUUCAGACUUGUAUCCAAAGAGAAGACACCAUGGGAUUCUAUAAAGUUGACUUUUGAAGCAACAGGACCAAGCCAUAUGUCUUUCUAUGUUCGAACCCACAAAGGAUCAACACUCUCUCAGUGGUCUCUUGGCAACGGCACUCCAGUUACAAGCAGAGGAGGGGACUACUUUGUGUUUUACUCCCAUGGACUCCAGGCCUCUGCCUGGCAGUUCUGGAUAGAAGUACAGCAGGAGUCAGAAGAACAGCCUGAAGGAAUGGUCACGGUGGCCAUUGCAGCCCACUAUCUAUCAGGGGAAGACAAGAGAUCAUCUCAGCUCGAUGCUCUGAAGGAGAAGUUCCCGGAUUGGGUGUUUCCCUCUGCGUGGGUUUGUACCUACAGUCUCUUUGUGUUUUAAUCGUGCGAUGGACUUUGAAUACGUGCCCCUUGGACAUUCCACGGGACUCUCCCAUGUCACAUGGAUAUUUGUCACUGAAUUUUAAUGAGCGUAUGUUCAAAGAGCUUUUGGGUUAACACUCUUCCUGGCCAUGUACCAUAUGGGUUAAACUUUGGGAUGGUGAUGCUUGGCCUUUUGUCACUUGAAAUUCCAGUUUUCUGGCACUUAAGCACACGUGGAUACUGCCAUUCAUACAUGUCAUUUCUAUGACUGUAAGCACUCACAACAUACGACCUGAGUAGCUUUCCUCUGAGGAACAAGAAAGAUGUACACCGUUAGACUGCUGUUGAGGUAGGUAAGUCCAUUGUUAUCAGCGGAUGGUGGGGAACUACCACUCACUGGGAUAGUGGCUCUCCUUGUCUAAACUGCAGGCCACAGGAAAUUGACUGUCAUGAAGAAGGAAGCCCCACAAGCUCCAUUUCUUCAGGCAGCCAUUAGGGUGAUUUAGUGUCUGAAGUUUGAGCCCUGGAAGCCACUUGUGGAUCAUUUUCCUGAGGUAGCAUUCAUUGUCUACUUUCUUCUCAGACAUAUUUAGGAAGAGAACAUCUUUCAGCUACAUUUCCUUCUCACAGCUCCUGGGUUGUUAUAUUUGCAAAUAAGACCCAAACUUCUUCCCCAGAGCACUGAGCUGCUAGCAUGGCUGUUCUGAGGUCAAAGAGGAAGAGGGUGGGGUAUCCUACGGAAUAUUUAUUCUUUGUUUUAUAGGCAUCCUCUGUUAUACAAGGUUAAUCUUUUAGAACAUAAUUUUAUUGCUACGUUGGGUUUUCUGUUUUCUAGCAAGUGACUAAGUUCUUACAACUUGUUAGUGAGACUGGCUGUCUGACGCUGAGGUUGUGGUUUACACAGGAAUGAGACUACUAUACCUGCAUCUGUUGGUGUUGAGACCCCGCAGAAAAGCAGCAGUAAGGUUAAAGUACUUUUUAUUCUGAAGACAGGGAUGCAGUAAGGCAUGUCAUAGCGGUGCCUCUGUGGCUUCCCUAGGUUUCUGCGGUGACAGAAAUGAUGAACACUACAAUUUGCUAGUUUCCUUUUUACAUUAACAAGUGUAAAAAGACAAAUUUGAGUUAGUCAACAAACAUGGCCCAAAAUAUAAUCGAAAGAAAAGCCAUAGUAAAGCAAAAACAAAACAAAAUAUACUUGUUUAGGAAGAGAAGGGUGUCCCUCAGAACCAUCUGAAUUCCAGCCAGAGCAUAGUUAAGUGUGCACUGCAGGAGAAAACUUUCUUACAGUUGCUUGUGUGAUAUGUCAGUUUCUAAUCAUGUUCCUUGUACGCCUGCUUCAUCUCUAAGUCCUUAAAAACUAUCUAGGCCCAUGCAGAUAAGAGGGCUGCAGCUAGAGCUGAAUUACCGGUAAUGUGCUGACUGUCACAUGUAUUCACACUGGACUGUGGGAGCCACUGUUGUUGCUGAACUUACAGAAAUCAUAUCAGUGCUGCUUCAAGUGUCUUGCUCCUGCUAUGGAUGUAUUAUCUGUCAGGUAGUACUUAAGAUUUGCAGAACCACAGCUGAUGGAAAUAAGUAAUAGUACUAAUAGCUUAGUGGACUUCAAAAUACAGGCUUCUGUUCUGUUCCUGGUUUAACUGAAAUGACAGGGAGGGGCGGAAAACAUGCCGAGGAAGCAUAUCAAAACAAGGUGUUCUUGUAUUUCUUUCCUGUUGGCAGAGUGUCAUCGUCCUUUUUGGCAUAAUCAUGGUUUUCCUUUUGCCUUUGGGUUAUAUCUCUAUGCAAACAGUUUUGAUUUUCUUUAACAUUAUGAAACUUGGUAUUAUACCCAGUAACAAGAUGCUCAGUUUCAGGGCAUGCUUAAAGGCCAGAGAUGGUCAAGUAUUUACAUACAGUAUCCAUGGCUUUUAAUAAGCACACUCUGUAGUUAUCAGUAACUCCCCCUUUUAAAGAUUAUCUGAUCAUUUGAGUAAUUCACAUCUAAAAAGAUAUUUUUUAAAGUCUAAGUAAUGAAUUUUCCUCCUAAUGAGUGUAAAUAUAAGCAGCACAGAGGGAGGAGUAUAAAGAAUUGUGACUUCACAGUUCUCAGUAUUUAAGAAUGAUUGUUCUAAAAAGUGUUUCCAGUUGAGCAGCUGCAUUAAAUGUCUAGGAUUCCCCCAAGGUUUUACCAUGAAGAAGGUUGGACCACAAGAGUCUAUGUAACUCAGGAAGCUACUGGAAGAAUGUGUCUGGUCCAUCUCUUUUCACUUCUUUGCUGAAUUGUUGAGGGUUAAUUGUUGCCUUACAAUGUUACUGAAAUAAACUUUUUAACAUACUGGUUGGAAAAAAUGGAUCUUUUAAAACUGCUUUUAUUCUAUUUCCACAUUUAAGGCUAUCUUAUUUUUCUAGUCUUGUGUCUGAAAAUAUAUAAAAUCACUGGCAAGCCAAAGAUAAAAAUGACCUUUCCAUUUGGUUUCAAAGGUAGCCAAGUAUCUAAUAACCAUACACAUAACCAUUUUCACGCAGAUCUUGAAAAACUUUUGACUAAGAUGAUAAAUUUAGUUAGCAGAAGCUGGAGCCUUUAUUUGCUCAAGGACAUAGUGACUACAUUAUCCAGAAAUUUCACUUCUUCAGAGAACUGAAAACACAUCCAUACCGAAGAGCCUGGUUCCCCCAGUCCUCUUCCCUAUCUAUGGGGAUAUGGUCCAAGAACCUUAGAGGGUUCCUGAAACCAUAGACACAUGAGACAUUGUUCUUUUCCCCUAUAUAUAUACAUCUAUGAUUGUAGAAAGUUAAGGCCUACAGGCCAAGGGGAGCCAACCUGGAGUCUGCCUGGGACUUUCAGAGGUCCUGAUGGUGCCUAGCCAAUGAAGGGCAACCAUAUAGUGUCAACGGGGCAGAAGGUCUGGGUACUUGGAGGGCGUACAAGGUUUUCUCCAUUGCUAAAUAAACAAGUCUGCUGUAUCUCUUUGACCAGACUCCCUGUGAUACUGCACUUUCUAAACCAACCCCCCUGAGGAAGAUGUUAAGCCCCAGCCUAUACAUGAUAAAAGUUAUGAGUUCAGUACAAUAAGAAAUAGGUAUAACAGUGUGAUGUUAGAAACUGUUUAGGUCUGUAUUUUAGAUUUUGUUCUUUUUGGACCUCAGCUGAAGGCAAAGCAGGGUAAGGGAGAAUUACUAUGAAUGUUUAUAGUGUUACAAUCUAAAGUUGAAAACCCAAACUGUAACCUUUAAAUGGAUAGUAAACAUAUCCACACAACAGCUUUAUUCAGCUUAAAAAAAAGUAAACAGAUACAAAGAAUUUUGAAAACAUAACACCAAGGUGAUAAAUACCCACAUACUAAAUAAUUCUGUUUAUGAAAUAUCUGAAAUAAGGAAAUUCACAAAGCACAUUUAAGGGACAUGGGAAACCAUGAUAAUCAUUUUCAAUUUACCUAUCAGAGAUGAUACCUAGUUUCACUUCUGUUGGUUUGGUGAUCACAAGGUGUUCACUGUAUUUGAACUUGUACACCAAUGUUAUGAAUAGUUCAAUAUUCUAUCAGUCAUUUGGAUAUUCCCACUGUGUAUCUACAUAUAAAUAUUUUAGUCUGUAUUUCAUUCAGGAGAGAUUAGUGGUGACACUGUAAAGUAAAAUUUAUUUUUUGUGGCAUUUUUGCUGUUAACCUGAGAUAAGUAAACAAAAGCUCGUAUAAUAGUUUUAUUACCCUUUACCACGGGGAGUGGGGGAAUACACAUUACAGAAGCAGCAGCAACUUUAAUUACAAGCAAAGGUUGUUUUUAUCCUCAAAUGAUUUGUUUUGGUGUCAGCAAGAAAUUUAACCAUAUAUAUUAACUUUCAAAUAUUUAUGCUGAAUAUUUAAGUUCAUUAAAGAUAUGGCUUAUACAGUUGAUAUAUUUUGACCCAGACAAUACAGCAAAACAAAAAUUUUUAAAUAUUUUUAAAGUAUAUCACCAAAGAAUAAUUUUCUCAAGCUUGCCAAAUUUCUUGCCUCGGUGUUUCCUAGUUCUACGAGUUAGUCAGCCACAGGAGAACAGUAACUAACCCAGACCCUGCCUUUCAGACUGUGAGGUGGUGAGAUGAGUGGGCACAGCAGCUCACAACUCUAACUAACAUCCUAGCAGCUGGAGCAGCUGGAGCAGCAGAGAAGUUUCAAACUGGUGUGCAGCUUGGGCAGGGCUCUGCCUCAAAAGGUAGGGGAUUGGGAUGUGACUUACUACUGGAGCAUUUGGUUAGGGGCCUAGGCUCAUUUAACACUUCCACCACCACCACCAAAAAAGGUGAGUUUAACUCAGCAGCAGCCAUUUAAGACAUGUGAAGAGAUCACAUGACAGUAAAUUGUUUUUAUUUAACUAAAUAAAAUUUCUGGUCACACUAGAAAUACAAAAGAAAUGCUAGCUCUUCUCCCUGGUUGAGUGGGACAGAAAACAUUUCAGCUGAGGGUUGUUUUGUUGUUGUUGUUGUUUUUUAAUUUUAUUAUUUAUUUACUUAUUUUUGCUGUGCUGCAUGUACUUACAUAGGAAACUUUAUUCUGUAUUUUAAAAUUCAGAACAAGGUGGUGGUUUGAGACGAUUUAAAUAAAGUAGCACCAGAAGGACCAGGUAACAAGAGUCACAUAUUUCACCCAUUCAGGAGUUUUAUUAUGUGAAAUUAUUGCACUUCUAAUGUAGAAAGGAAAUAACAGUAAAUUACCAAAUUCAAUAAUUUUAAAUAGUUGGUGAAAUUUGAAGUAAUUUCAAAAUAAUUUUGAGAUUCCCUCUAAAGAAUGUUGCCUAAGAGGACUAAAUAUAUCUCUUUAAAAAGUAGAACAGAGGGCUGAACUUUAUUCCUAAGCUAUAUCUGCACUAUAAGAGGCUGUUUUUACAUAGUGGUACGAAUUUGGUCCACAUCAAAUACAUUGUGUUAUAAAAAUAAACAAUAUUUCAUAAAAAAUAACGUAGCAUUCCAUGUUCAAAUUGCACAGUACAAAUAAGCUAUCUAAAUUAAUACUGUUAAUAAUUAGAAUUACAUAUGGUGGGUAUGUAUUUAGUUUGAAGCAACUGAAUAUGUAGUUCUGCUUUCAUAAUGUAUGAAAACUAAAAUUUAAGUCAUGUCUAGAAAUACAUAAAAUAUUUUUCAACUUUUACAAUGAAGAAUUUACAAAGAAUUUACAAACCAAUUUUUAGUAGCUGAUAAUACAGGAUCCCACAGUCUUAUGUACAUAAAAGCCCAUUUUUAUUCAGUUUACAAAAGCAAUAAAUAAGAAACUACAUUAAUUUGCACAAAACCUCUUCCACUUCAUGAUCAGUGGGAUUACUGCUACUUUACAGCUGAGCCAAGAACCCUGUCUCUAUGAAGACCUCUCAUUUUGGAAAGAAGAACAAAUCUUGUCUUUAUUCCAAGAGUGAGAAUAAUUAUGCAGAAUCCAGCAUAAAACCUUACAGAUUAUAAUACAUGCCUUAAAAAUAUGGACAAUGCCUUUGCAUCUAUUUACACAAGAAUAUUCACAAAAAGAUACAGUUCUUUAAUAAAAAAUUUAGUGGUGUCAGCAUAAUUGACAAGAACCCCUCACCCUCUGUCCACACUGAUCUAGUAGGAAUUAAGCUUGCUCAACCAGGCACAUUAACUCACAGGUAUAGCUUCCAUCAGUUCGGGACUGCUACAGAACAGAGUACUAAAUCCAAAGGAUCCCUGUCCACUGAAUCAUACUGUGCAAGGGUAGCGUCUCCUCAGAGGACCAGCUGGAGUCCAUGACUCUAUUCAAGGAAGCAAACAAGUAGCUCAGGUACCUGAUGAGCUACAGCAAGCACCUUAGCAUUUAUUUAAAAGAAAGUUAAAAAAAAAAAAAAAAGAACCAGCCUAGACAUACAC